AUGGCUGCCGUGAUCCCGCUCGGCGCGCGAGUACAGGUAAGUGCGGGCGUAGGGACUGUGCGAUUUGUGGGCCAGACCGCCUUUGCAGCCGGCAAAUGGGUGGGCAUCGAGCUUGACGGGCCGGGCGGCAAGAACGAUGGCAGCGUCGGCGAGACGAGGUACUUCUCGUGCACGCCAGGAUACGGCGUCUUUGUACGACCAAGCAUGGUGACGGUACUGGACGCGGACGAGGGUUCAACCGUUUCAGGCGAAGCGACCGAGUUCAAGACGCCGCCUGUCCCGAGCUCAUCCAGACCGUCGUCUCGAACUUCGACGCGCCCCGCCUCAACCCUUGGAUGUCGGCCGCCGAGUCGACCAGUCGGUUCCGCCGCUCCUCGCUUGCCAGCCGUUCCACCUUCUCCAGCAGCGUCGACCCUUCGCCGCCCUUCAUCAGUCGCCUCUUCCACGGCGUCGACCUCGAAUCCGCCGCGAACAGCUUCGCCCACCAAGCCUUCCCCUCGUGCUUCUCUCGCCUCACGUCCCCCUUCGUCCGCAUCUAAUUCUGCGCCGCCCGCCGAGCGACGCACGUCCAUGCUCCCGCCUCCGACGCCUCGGUCCCGACCGCCUUCUGCGUCGGCCAGCAUCGCUCCGCCAUCCCCUCGCACUGGGUUGAUCCGACCGCCCUCAGUCGCCGCGGCGUCGAAACCGCCUCCCGCGAACUUCGCCCCGCCCGCUCCUUCCGUCCCCUCGCCUGUUUCGCAACCUCCUUCGCGCACUUCACGACUCCCUGGCAGCCGUCUCACCGCACCAGGAUCAGCCAUUCGACCCGGUCUCACCGAUGCCAGGAACGUCGCAUCACCCUCCGCGUUACAGUCGCCCAGUGUUGGCUUGCGACGGCAGCUGUCGACUGGAAGUGCGUCGAGCGCUGCCAGCUCGCCUGCUCCGUCUGCUCUAGGAAAUGGUGGGAUGCGGAGGUCAGGCAGUCUCGCGAGCGUAUCGAGUGCUGGGAUGCGGCGGCAAGUGAGCGGAGGAGCGGAGAGCAGUCGAGCCGGAUCGGUCGCUGGCACGGAGAUCGAGGAGGAAGGCGAGGAAGAGCAGGUUGAGGUGCGGGCAGUAUCGCCUGUCAAGCCUCCGUCAGUCAAGGCGGCGGAAGAGCCGAGCGAUCCGUUCUCGUUGAAGGCGGCGGACUCGCGAAGAGCGCUCGAGGCGACUGUUCCUCAACGCGUGUACGACGAGCUCGCCGCCAAGCUUUCAAUCGUUGAGCGUCGUCGAGCCGAGGACCUCGAUAAGCUGCGAGAACUCGAUCGUUUGCGGGAAGAGGCGGACGAGUGGAGCCGUGUGCGCGAGAAGACGAAGGCCAGGGUGGCGGAGCUAGCGGGCGAAGUCAGGGAACUGCGAAAAGAGAACAAGGACCUAGCCGUCGAGCGCGAUUCGGCACAGACCAAGUUCGAUGACCUGCAGGAACAGGUCGAGCACAGCCUGCUCGACAAGGAGAUUGCGGAGUCGGAGCUCGAGGAAGCAACUGCGCGAUUGAAAGAGCUGGAGGAACGCGUUGGCGAGCUGGAGAUCGAGGUCGAGGUUGUGCGCGAGGAGAACGCUCGACUAGAAGGCUUGGGAGAUGCAGAGAUUGCGCGAGCUGCGGCGGGAGGUGCGGAAGGGGAGGAGGGGACCGCUGCGCCGUCUUCGCUCGCUUUCCGCCAGCUUGAGAAGCAGAACGCCCGGCUCAAGGAUGCGCUCAUCAAGAUGCGCGACUUGACGUCCGAGAGCGAGGCAAACAUGAAGCGCAAGAUCGAGUCACUCGAGAAGGAGCUCGACUUGAGCGCCGACUUGCAAUCCGACCUCGACAACAUGGCCGUCGAGCUUGAAGAGGCGGAGGCGAAAAUCGAGGACCUUAAGACUCAGCUCGACAUUGCAGCUGAAGCGCAAGACAUGCUCGAGGAGCUGACGGAGCGUAACAUGAAGCUCCACGAUGACAACGAGGUCCUCAAGGCCGAUGUGGAGGAGCUCGAAGCGCUCAAGGAGAUUGCGGACGAGCUUGAGGAGACGCACCUCGAGACGGAGAAGCAGAUGCAAGGAGAACUCGACCUCAAGGAUAUGCAGCUGCAGGACUUGCGGCGGCGCAACGAGUCGCUCGAGACUGCCUGCAUCGACUAUGAAGGUACCAUCAGCCAGUUCCGCGAAGUCGUCAUCACGUUGCAGAGGUCGGCCGACGAGUCCCAAACGCUAUCAAGCCAGUCGCAGGCGAUGCUCAACUUGAACCUCAAGCUGCAGUCGUCUGUCCUCAAGAGCCAAGUCAAGGCGAUCGACCUCGAACUCCGCAAGCUCGAGGCGCAACAGGCGUCCGCGCACCUAGACAUUGUCAAGCCUUACCUCCUUCCCGCUUUCUUCGAAUCCGACUCGAAUGCUGUCGAGGCACUGCUCUUCUUCGAGCGCGUUGCGUACAAGGUCGACCUCCUCAAUACGUUCAUCGAGCAGAAUCACGCUGUCGGUGAAGCACUCGACGGCGUCGUUCCCGAAAAUCUUGCUGGCGUCUGCGAGACUCGCGCCAAACUCGCGCACUUCGCCGCCCUCAACAGGCGCUUCGCCGCUCACCUCAGGCGAUGCCAGCCAGACACUUUCCUCAAGAUGGGCCGCGUCUACCGCGAGGUUGCGCCUACCGAGCGACGGGUCGACGCAUUCAUCGAGGCGCUGCGCAAGGAGGAGCUCAAGGAGGUGGAGUGUGGCAAGGAGGUUGACGGACUGAUCGCGCAAGCCGAGCAUCUUGCCGAGACGCACUUGCAAGACUCGGACCCGAUGCUCGACCUCGCCGAGCGCGAGACCGCCUUUGUCGUCGCGCUUGACCACGACUUUGACACGAUCGCUGUCGCGGCCGGCUUCGCGAAGCAGACGAUCGCGACUCUCGCCAAGGAUCCUGACGUGGUCGUCGAGUCGGGCGACGGCAACAUGGACGACGUGCUCUUCAAGCCGCUGCAAAACCUCGUCAAUGGGUCGAGGAACGCCAAAGUGCUGACGAAAAAACUCCUUCGACGCUUCGAAGACCUCGGCGCCAACUCGACAGCCCUCAGCCUCGACCUCGCGCAAGGGUUCGAGACGCUCGCCUUCAACAGCAGUGCCAUUGCAUCUGCGCUGCUCAAGCUCGCCUCGGACGUCCAGAGCUAUUGCGCCGAAGUCCGCUCGUCCAAGCAGCCGCUCGAACUCAUGACCCUGCAUACGAUCGCGAAGGAGAUUGCCGCCGUUGAGCUCGGCAAGCAGUCGGUUCGACCGCUCGACGAGGUCAACUCGCUCCUCUCGCAGCUCUCGCAGAACAUCAGCACGACGGUGACGACGGCGAUGGACCCUGAUCAUGUCGUCAAGCUGUCCUCCGAAGCGCCUUGGCACGCCCGAGUUGCCGAGCUGCAGUCGACGGCGGCCAUCAACGUUGACGCCGAACGCAAGGUCGUCAAGCUAAACGAGGAGAUGCGCGACAUUGCUCGAGACCUGCGUUCCAAAGAACAAGAGUACCAGGAGAGCCUCGUCAAGAUCGAGCUUAUGGAGAAGCGACUCGAAGGCGUCAAGAAGCAGGCGGAGGCGAUGGCGCAGCUUGAAGGCGAACUCGCCAAGAGCCGCAAGCAGGAGCGGACGUACGAGGAGGCUAACGAAGUGUUGCAGCGCGAUCUCGACAAGAUGGAUCAGGAGCUCGAUAAGCUCAAACAAAGUGCCGCCGUGACGGAGAAGCAGGGAACGUCCUCCGGCCACGGCCUCGACUCGACCGCGUACGAGGGCAACAUGGAGACGUCUUACCUCGUCGAGCAGAUCACGUCGCUGCGGUCGGCUAUCCGCUUCUUGCGCGGCGAGAACGCCUACCUCAAGUCGCAGGACCUCCUGGGCGACCUCGACAAACUGCCUUCCUACGAGCUCCCGCCGACUCCGCCUCUUACGCCCGAGCCCCACGAGCCUUCCGACGACUCGUUCCGCUUGCCGCCCGACCCGAAAUCGCUCGCCCAGUCGUUCUCGAUUCGGUCGAAGCAGCUCCUCCGCGAAGCCCGCCUCGUCUCGGCGACGCCCCGCCUCGUCGACGUCUCGCAUGUCGCUCCUCUCGGCGCCGACGGCAAGAAGGCGUGGCACCCUGUCAGGCGGGACCCGCGGAACCAGCUGUGGGCGGAGAAGGAGCGUGCGAGGGUGCUCGAGAGGAAGGUCAAGUUGCUUUGGGAGGAGCGGCCCGCUCUCGCUGGACGAGUCGGGGUGUAG